CAUCGUUUCGUUUUCACCGCAGGACCUGCUUUCCGUAAACACUGACAGAGGAGCUUGCUGUCAAACUCAUGACUUGCGUUAUAAUAACUGGAUUUAAUAAGUCUCCUCGCAGUGAAGAGACACUGCUCGGGCUCUUCUGACCGGUUCAGCUGUUUUGCAGCGUUCCUGUCUGCGUCUUCUUCCACAAAUAAGUGUGUUCCGUUGGAUUUGACAGUCACUGGCGAGGGCAGAGAGACCAUGUGGGAGUCACAUGAGUGCAGAAGAUGAGCAGUAAACAGCCCCGGUCUGAGUGUGUUACACCAUGAACGGCACCACUCACCCCCCUCACACCGUCAGCGGAGACGCCGCCAUCAGCUACGUGCUGGUCCCCUUCUUCCUCAUCACUGCCCUCGGCGUUGUUGCAGCAGUGGUGAUGUACAUAAGACGAAAGAGGAGGAUUGAUAGACUGCGGCAUCAGCUGCUUCCAGUUUACACUUAUGACCCAACCGAAGAGCUGAACGAGGCAGAACAGGAAAUACUUUGGAAAGAGGAAGACACAAAGGUGGUCCAGGGUUGGAUGAGAACGUAUCAGCAGCGCAGACCCCUGCUCUCCAAGGACCCUGAUGCAUGAAGAUCAGCUUUGCACGUAAUCUGUGAACCUGGUCAAUAACUGAACGCCGUCUCAUCGUCCCACGUCGCAGAUUCCCAAGAUGGACAUUUUUGAGCAAUAAGCUACUGAUCCUUCUGAGUCUGAAGGAGCUUUAGUGACAUGAGAAAUCUAUAGGCAAGCGAUGGGAUCAUAUUGUUCACCUCAGGUCUCUUCUCAUAAAUACGGUCCAGCUGAAGCAGUCUGAAUAGCGAGACCCGAGAAGGAUGUCAAUACGCCACUGUGUUACGGUUUUUUAUUUAUUUUAGCUGUGUGUAUCCUGCUGAUAUUCUGUGCUAUUAAAUCCUCAGCAGAGCUGUUUUACUGAGUGUGCAUGAAUGUGA